CCGCCGGAAAUAUUCACACUUUUGUUUUGGAAAGCCGCUACCCAGCGGUCGCCAUUAUUCUUCCUUGCUUGACGUUCGACAGAAAGACGGUUAAAUACUUUUUAACCUUAUACUGCAGUAUACAUUAAAACACCGUCGACCCACUUUGUGUAGUGAGUUGAUUAACUCAUAAAUCAGCGAUACAUCUUGUGCAAAAAAAUGGAGAAACGGUCUGAUACUCAAGGAGGCGCCCUUCCACUGGCUUCCAUUCGCUUGAUGGCCUCCCCUCUGCAGCUGACAUACUCGUACAUAUGGCAGGUCAUACGGCAGCGAAACGUGAAGCAGUAUGGGAAAGUAGAGGAAUUUGUGACCAUGGUGAUGCAGACUGUUCCUGAGAUCAUGAGUUUCAAACAGACUGCCCAGCUCCUCUUAGGGUUGAGGGCAAGGAUCAUUUUGGACUUCCUUCAGAAAGAAGGACCACCUGAUUCCCGGGCUAUUCAGACUCUUAUAAAUAGAUUGAAGGUGUCUGUAUCUUCAGGGAAAGACUUAGAGGUUGAGAAAUCACAAACAAACUUCAUGGUGCUGGUCCAGAAUCUGCUUAAAAACCCUGCUGAGAGGAAGCAUUUCUUCCAGGAAGUGUUCCCAGUUCAGUACGGCACAAAGUUUGACACAGCUCUGCAGACUCUGACCGCAGGCCUGGUGUGCAAACUGGAGCAACUUCUUCCUGUUCCCAAUCUCUCCCAGCUUGGUGCCAUGAUCUCAAUGGAGCCCACUGUCCUGGAGGCGUGUGGAGGUUUCAUCCCUGAUCCCGGGGACCUAAAGACUCUACUCCUACACCAGCAGGCCAAAGGACUCCUUGGUGUUAAAGCAACCAUCUCAUCGUCAGUGGGUGACUGUGUGUUCUCUUCACUCGCCUUCCGGCCCAAACAAGUAGAGCCACCUACACCCCCACCCCCACCACCAGAAUCACCAAAGCGACUAGAAGUCACCCUCAAUGAAACAAGCCCUGCCUCCCUCAGUGACGCUGAAGACUUGGGAGUGAUGUCAGAUGACUCAGAGAGCCCAGCAACCCCUGCUAGAGUAGUACGAAGAGGUUGGAACAGUGAUAAAACAUCUGAUACUGCAAAGGAAAAAAGUGCCACAACACCACCUCAGAGGGAGAAUGUGGUUGAGGAGGGGAGUCCUCCAAAGGAGCAGUCUGCCAUGACUCUGCAAAACAAAGGGGAAGAUGGAGCGCCAGCAGAACCUGAGAAACCAGAACUACAGCAGCUGCCCCUGAAGUCAAUCCCUUUUAGGGUAGUUCAAGUGCCAAUCAAAACCACUCCCAUUUCACAGAGCGCAGGCAGCACAGGAACAAAAGAUGGCCAAAAGACUCGGCGUGUCACACUGCAUCAGUGGGUGUCGCAGAUUGCCACUAACUCGCUCUCACUUCCAGCCUUGCCACCACUUCCUCCAGCUCGGUUUACUGUAAUAGAUGACAUGAAGCCAAGCAUAAGAAGAAAAAAGCAAAUUAGACCACCAGCUGACAGAUAUACUUGCAGUGUAUGCGAUAAGAGCUUCCCUUAUCAGUCCAAGCUAAUGGACCACGAGCGCAUUCAUACAGGUGAGAAGCCUUUCAUUUGCACAGCAUGCAAUAAAAGUUUCAGAACACAGGCAUUCCUCAACAACCACCUGAAGACCCACAGCACAGCACGCCCCUACGCUUGCGGCCAGUGUGGCAAGUAUUUCUCCAAACUGCAAAGUCUAACGAAGCACAUGCUCGCCCACAGUGGCCAAAAGCCUUUCUACUGCAACAUCUGCAACAAGGGCUUCACACAGUCCACCUACUUCAAAAGACACAUGGAGUGCCACACGAGCCAAUUGUCAUUCCCCUGCAAGCACUGCAGUAAAAUCUUCCCAACAGCUUUCAAGCUGUCAAACCACGAGCGCUGGCACACCAGAGAUCGUCCUCAUAUGUGCGAGCGUUGUGGGAAGCGAUUCCUUGUCCCCAGCUUGUUGAAGAGACACAUGGGCUACCAUAUUGGCGAGCGUCAAUAUCUCUGUUCCCAGUGUGGAAAGACCUUUGUCUAUUUGUCUGACCUGAAGAGGCACCAGCAAGACCAUGUACCCAAAGCAAAGAUCCCAUGCCCUGUCUGCCAAAAGAAGUUCUCCAGUAAGUACUGCCUGAGAGUUCACCUGAGGAUCCACACCAGAGAGAGACCCUACCGGUGCUCCAUAUGUGAAAAGACCUUCACUCAGGUUGGGAAUCUGAAGGUACAUAUCCGGUUACACACCAAUGAGCGCCCCUUCAGCUGCGACGUAUGUGGGAAGACCUACAAGCUGGCAUCCCAUCUGAACGUCCACAAAAGGACCCAUACGUGCAAGAAGCCCUGGACAUGUGACACGUGUGGGAAGGGAUUCUCUGUGCCCGGCCUUCUGAAGAAGCACGAGCAAUUGCAUGCAAGGGACGCUAACCCUGACUUCUCUGGUAAACGGAGGCACAGGGGUAAGCAUAAGAAACACUCCCUCAAGAGGAAGUAUGAUGAGGAAGACGAGGGUAGCGAUGAUUAUUAAUCCAAAAAUUAUAUUUUGUAUUAAAUAGCUUUGAUCAGUGGUGAUGCUGAUGACUGGUGUAAAUAAAACAGACUAGUCCAGAAAGAUACCACAUAAGAGACCCUUUGAACUAUAUAAUUUUCAGUUAGCCCUGGUGUGGUAAUCAGGUAGGUCACCAUGAUUUUUAGGUCGUAAAAAUGUAUUUUGUAUAAUGUUAGGUUAAUUGUUUUCUAAUCACUGAAUUUUAAGCUCGCAAACUUGAGUUAUAAUGGGUUUCAGUCCACUCCAAUCAUUGCCCAGUCAGCUGAAGCAUCACUAAUAACAAAGUCCAUUUUUUUCACUGUACAACAAUGCUAUUUUCAAUAUAAUCAAGGUUAUGUGACAAAAUCAGUAAGUAAUAUGUUAACAUAAUCUGUCGCAUUUUGAGAAAAAUUAGGUAGUACUAGUGCUAUUCGAGCACUCUGUGAUCUAGGGUAAUCAUUUUCAUUAGAAACUAAACUGAAAGGUGAAGAAAAUGCUUUUCAGCAGCUAACUAUAUAAAAUAUUUAAGAGAUGGCAUAUAAACAGUACAAUAAAAGUACCAGUAUUUCUGUGCAUGUGAUUAGAUUAUUUGUCUGCUGUGUAAUAGUGUUGUAGUGUUAUUAGGAAACAUUUAACUUUGUCAUUGUGUCCUUGUGAAAAGUAUAGUGAUUCAAACCGCCUUUCGCUACACAAGCUUUUAUGUAACCAUGAAUUAUUACAACUGCUUUUGUUUUAGAUUGAAAAUAGGCUGAUUUACCACUGUGUAACUUUCUUCCCAGCUGUAGAGUUUUGUUGCUGUAAUGGUGUUCACGAGAAAACAUUAUGAGCUAUAAUUUAGGAUUGGCACAGUAACCAUUUAGGAUUAUGAAAAUGUGUGAUGAUUGUGUGGUGAAUUUUCCCAUUACUUAUCCUAUUGUAAGUGGCCAUGUGUAUAAGCCAUUAAGUAGUAUACAUGUUCUCAAUAUUUUUC